UCAAACGGAAAAUAAAACGAUCGACGCCAGUUUAGCGCCUUGCGGAUUUUAAUUAAUUUUGGAGCGAGAGGAAGAAGCAUUUAUAUGUGUAUAUUUCGCGAAACUUGCUAAAAAUAACAUUUUAAAAGUUCAAUGCAACUUCGAAAAGUACAAAAAGUUAACAAACGUAUACAAGCGUCAGUUUUUGUGUAAAACAAAUUGUCGGCUUUAAAAGCAACGUCGAAACAAAUUGAAAAAGGAUCUACAGGUUGCGAACAUCUGCACCAGGUGCAAAAAAACGUGAAGGACUUCUGUCGUUUAUUGGUAUCUAGAAAAUUCGCAUAAGUCAAUCAUCAUGAGUAAGGACAUUUACUAUUCGGAUAAAUACUACGAUGAAAAAUUCGAAUAUAGGCAUGUUGUGCUACCAAAGGAACUUUCAAAAUUGGUGCCCAAAACGCAUUUGAUGACGGAGCACGAAUGGAGGUCUAUUGGUGUGCAACAAUCUCGCGGUUGGAUACAUUACAUGAUACAUAAACCAGAACCGCAUAUUUUACUAUUUCGCCGACCAAUACAACAGUAAUAAUUAUACAUUACAUUACCAUACUAAUUAUAACAAAUCAACAGGACCAGUAACCCACCACGUUUUGCUAUUGUUAAGAUCUCGGGCGUGCUGCACUGCCAUAAGUUAAUUAAAAAAUAAUCCAACAAAGUUAAUACUCUUAAUAAUUGCGUUCGCUGUUCAUUGAAAAACCAACUAUGCGCAUAAGAAUAGUUAAAUUAAACAGUAACUCGCCUUUGUGUAUUCGUAUUGAAAACUCCGUUGUACAAAAUGGCUAAUAAAUUGUAAAUAUAAAAGAAAGAGGCGUGUGCCGGCCUGCCUGUUGACUGUUCAAUAGCAUAGAUAUUUGUAACCUGAUCAUGAUUGCCAUAUAUUGUAUUUUGAAAGCCAUCACGGUCUGCAAAUAUUUUGAAUUUUUGAACAUACUCGUAUUACUACUAUUUAAGUUCACAUUUGGAUUAUGUUCAGUUGAGUCUAAU